AGAUAUUUUGCUCGCGUCAAGAUUUGGUGAUUGUGGUGAUUCAUUAUUGCGGUUCGUGACAAGAUGUUUACGAAAUUCAAGAAUGCCGUGAGCACUAUGGUGACGUCGAGUUGGGAUCAAGUUGCAAUCGGUCGAGAAGCCGAUUCGUUCGAUCCAAGUGUUUCUCAAAAUUCCAGUGGUUCCUCGGGGAAGUCGGGCCUUGACAGGAAGUCCAAGUUUCCCUACAGUCGCCCGGAAUUUCUUCAGCUUGGCUCUGAAGACGAGGUUCAGGUAGCUGGGGAUCACCAGAUUAGACCAAUCAUCGUACCACGAGACAUCACAAAAUUGCCGUGGAACUCCGGCUAUGCCGAAGCAGUGAAUGCUGGUAAAUCUGCCAAAAAUGAAGACCAGGCCACUAUUUACGUGGGCCAUCUUCACAGAGACAAUGGACGCAUUGUCAGACAAAUCGAUGAAUGGGCAGGAACUCCGAAGGAUGAACUGCAAGAAAACAUGUUCAUUCAGUCACUGCCAUACUAUUAUUUGUCCGUGUUUGACGGUCACGCCGGUUCCGGUGCUGCAGUGGUCGCCUCGCGUCAGUUACAUCAUAUUCUCCACGUGAGUAAGAAAUGUUCGAAGAGUUCCAACUGUUUUGGAAAUGUCGGCAUUUUUGUUGUGUAGAAAACUAUGAUGAAAAAUGUGCUGGAUUGUAUUUAAUGUUUUUUUUUUGAGAAUGAGCUGGGAAGACGUGAAAAUAAUCCUUGGAAACAGUCGGAAUGCGAAAAACCCGUAAGCAUCAUCACUAAAAAUUCCUGGUGCCAAAUGAACCCCCAAGAAUGAAGGUACAUUUUUCGCGUGGCUUGCAUAUUUCUUUUGAUUUCGUCAGGAUUUAUUGGAAAUUCCGUUGGCAUUUUUAAAUGUUUUGAAAAUGUAGCCCUUGCCUCCACGCUUUACAGUAAUCGAUUUUGGUCUCCAACAGGCAAAAUUGGUGGACGUGAUUGACCACCUUCUUCCUCCGCUUAUCAAAGAUUCGGAUCUUCGACAAGAAUUACACGGAGUCACUAGUAAGAAUUCCAAGCGUGACGGUGGCAUGGCAUUCUGGCUGUGUCACGAAAAAGAGGUUGAUCGGGACAAAUUAGUAAUCGGUGCUCUCGAAUCGGCAUUUUGGGACAUGGACCAGAUGAUUGCCGAAGAGAGGAUGAAAUACCGAAUAAACGGCGGUUGUACUGCAUUGGUGGCGUUGUUCAUCUUGGGGAAGCUUUACAUUUCGAAUGCGGGUGACAGUCGUGGCAUCAUUGUGAGAAGUAGCGGGAAAGCGGUGCCAAUGUCGCACGAUUUCACACCGGAGACAGAGAGGAAUCGUGUUCAAAAAUUGGCAAUGGCCAAUCCAGAGCUGCUCGGUGGGGAAUACACGCAUCUGGAUUUCCAUCGCCGGCCAUUCCGUAGCGACAUUGGACAACGAAUCCUUUAUCGUGACGCACACAUGACCGGUUAUGCGUACAAAACUGUCACACCGGAUGAUCUCAAAUUUCCUGUGGUGUAUGGUGAAGGGAAGCGAUCUCGGGUUCUGGCCACAAUUGGCGUCACACGUGGGUUCGGCGACCAUGAUUUGAAAGCUCAAAACUCUAGGCUUCACGUGAAACCAUUUCUUACCCCUGAGCCACAAGUUCUUAUCUUUGAUGUUGCUGGAGAGGCUGUUGAUGAAAAUGAUGUAUUGGUGCUUGGAACCGACGGGCUGUGGGAUGUGACACCAAAUGAAAAGGCGGCAGAAAUUGUGACGAAGAAUUUGGUUCAUUUCCCCAUUGAUGACCAGUCAAGGUUCCGGUACAGAUAUACGUCAGCUGCUCAAGAUCUGGUCAUGCAUUCCCGUGGGAAAGCCGAAACGAAAAGCUGGAGACGGUCUGAUGGUUCAGCUGCAACGAUUGAUGAUAUCACAGCGUUUGUGAUUCCAAUGUCAGUAUACAAAUCAGAGUAUCUCCAGUGGCAGCGAGAUGAUGAAGCUCUCCGCGAAUUUUUCACUGCCUGGAAGGAUGACGUUGUUAAGAGGGUCACAGCGAAGCGAUCCUCUGGUGAACAGGGGCAAAGGUUACCGGGCAAGACUGCCGAACCUAAAGAAAGUUUUUCCGCAAGGAGAAUGGCUGAAACUUCCAAUUCUCACCAAUGCUCGACAAGUGUUGAAACACUUACGAAUGGCGUCAGUCACGAGGAGGAAGCCAACGGUAUUCAAGGCUUUGAUGAAGGAGAAAAUCGAGAGACGUCAAACCUUCCGUGAAUGUAAUUACGCAGCAGUUGAGAAACUUCGAGAAAAUCAAUUAUUGUUCAGGUGAUUCCAAGUCUGCUGCGAAGAAAUGUCGACCUUUUUUUAUUUCAGUGUGAUGAUUUAUGCUUUUUUAUUCUUCUUCGAUUCGUUUUCGAGUGUUGUAGCUUCUUGAGCUGUACUUGCUUCCUUUCAUCUGUUGCCAUUGAACAACUACUCUAGUAAAUGUCGUCUGAAAUUUUACUUGAAAUCAUGUAAUUUUUUAAUGGAGCUUUCAUACUGCAGCAGUUAAAUGAGAGGUUUUAUAGAGAGAGUCUCCUGAAGCUGAAAAUGCAGUGUAUCCUCGAUUAUUUUGGUGAAAUGCCGAAUGCCAUCUUCGAGAAGAUACACUGUAUUACAAGUAUUUUGAUGUUUUGAAGAGUUAUUCUACAACCACGUGACGAAAAUUCAUCAAAUUCUCGUUGAAUAUUGAGAAGCUAUGCAUUCUCCAGACGCCCUCAAAUUACCGAAAGAUCACGUGGGUGUACUGCGUAAUUAUUUGCGAUUUUAAUGAGUUCACGUGAUGAAUCGAGUAAAUCCAGGUGAUGACUGCGUUCUCAUUCAAAAUUGUGGGCACUGGUCAUUAAUGUAAUAAUUAUUUAGGUUAUUUUGUGUUUGGGUAAUUGAUGCAGUGUGCAUUGUUCAAAAGCAACUGUUAAUCUAACCUCAGAGCUUAUUUCAACGGCUUUCUGUGGGAUUGAAUUACAGAUAAAAAACAAAACAACUAUAUAGUGUUAUCUUACAUCAGUUUGUUCAGCGGCAUGCCAGUUUUAUUUCAUUGCGCUACUUCUCAGCUUCAUUCCUGCAACUAGCUUACGUAAUGCUUUUGUGUCUGAAAUCGCUGUGAUUUUUUUAGUGGACGUCGUCAGAGAAAAUAGGAUUUUUUUUGCGAAGUGCUUGGACUUACCUUUUCUUUUGGGGGAUGUGUAAGGAACCUUACUCUUAGUGUGGAAUACGUGCGUCGAGACGACUAUACUACGUGGACUCUCGCAAACUUGGUGUCAGUGAGUUGUUUGUUGAUAUUAUUUUGCUGAAAGAUUCGGAGCGGCUUAUCGUUUUUUUCCCCCUGAAGCCGAGGAAAAGAAAAUCAUUCCGACGAAAUAUUAUUUAUUUUUUUUCGCGUGAGCGCAAUGGAAGAUGUCCUUUUUCAAAAAAAUAGAACGGUCUUAAAUCAUUGAAUGUAUCCUGGGUUUUUGGGCUUGAUGACUUGAAUCCUCUCAACGAGUUUGGAAAUUAUUCAAACUUAGGCCAUGAAUUUUUUCGCGAAACCGAAGUCUGCCACUGAGCAAAUGCGCGAUUCCGAUCGCGCGUUGAAGAAAGUGGACCGAGAUUUGGAAAGAGACCGGAGGAAGCUGGAAACCGACGAGAAGAAAAUCGAAGCCGAAAUACGCCGUCUUGCGAAAAUCCCUGGCAACGGAGAAACCGUGAAGAUUUUAGCCAAGCAGUUGGUGCAGAUGAGGAAGCAGAAAACUAGAAGUGUCGUUGCGAGUUCGAAAGUGAAAUCUAUCGGAGCCCAGCAGCACGUAAUUCACGCCAAUACCAAACUUGCUUCCGCCAUGGGCUCAGCUGCUGCAACCAUGACGCAUAUGAAUAAAGCUAUGAAGGUGGAUCAAGUUGCAAAUACCUUGAAGCAGUUCGAGCAGGAAUCUAUGAAAAUGGGAAUGACGGAAGAAAUGAUCAAUGAUACACUUGAUGACAUGUUGAAUGAGUCCGGAGAUGAAGAAGAAGGAGAUGCGAUCGUCGCCCAAGUUCUUGACGAAAUUGGCAUUGAAAUUUCUGGAAAGCUUGCGAAGGCCCCAUCUGCAGCCUCGACUCUCCCGUCUACUGGUAGAGAGAAAGCAAAAGAAGACGAAGACAUCGAAAACAUGCUUCUGCGUCUUAGGAGCACUUAAUUUCAAUUUCAUGCCCAGCUGUUCCCUUGAAGCUCUUCAAUUAUCGGAAGGUGCCGAGAUUCCGCGCGUGUGUGUGUGCGUGUUUAUUUGGUGCUUAACUGUCAAUCUUAGCAGUCAACUCCUAUGAUCGCCGUGACCGUAAAUAUUAUGCAACCUGAAAUGAGGAUCGAUGCGUUUCCUGGUUAUAUUUUUCGAGUGUGUCUUUUAUCGCUUGUUCGAAAGAUGUGAUUCAUUUUUUAAAUCUAAGCGGUGAGGGAAACGUGAAGCUAUAUUUAGUUGCUCGUGUCUUGUUAUCAUUUUGAAAUUCUGCUAUCCCCUCUUUUCUGUGAAGUAUUGGCUUUUUGCAGAGAAUUCUCGUAUUUAGCGUGACGACGAACAAGUUUGUGCGCCAUUUUUCAAAGAAGUGUAUUCGAGGAAUGGCUAACGCUGUAGUUUUUGCUCAUGUCUCUUGUCAGCUAUAGUUAGGCGACUGUUCUGGUGCAGACUGUAUCCGAAAACAGAUUGACAAUCAUGAAAACAGCGGAAGACGCGAGCACGUCAGAGUCUUCCUUUCCCGUUUGCGUUGUGUGCUGCAAUGAUGUCGGGGUUGCAGACUGCGUGUCUCACUUGCUUCCGUGUUCUGGUGAACGAGCUGUUCGCAAACUCACCGCGUGGCAAUCGCAGUACAGCAAAAACGUCGCCUCGUCGUGUACUGUGAUGAAGAAACUUGAAGAAAGUGAUGUGAUGUUGGUGUGUGACAUGUGUUUGUCAGUUAUGAUGGAAAUCGAUUCUUUGGAGAGUCGGCUGUAUCAAAACUUGGAGAAAUUAUGGAAGAGACGCGUCGAUGUUCGGAAGGAUUGCGAUAAUAGAGAGGAAGGAAGAAAUGAAAACCUGAAGCCAGAAGUGAGACUUCCAGAAUGUGAUGGGAAUCACAGAAAGCUAAGAAGACCUUCGCGGAAUCCGAAGAGUACCUCAGAUGGAAAAUCGUUCGACAAGUCUUGCCUCAAGCAGGAAUUGAACCAUAGUGAUGAAGCAUUUUCAGAGGGCGAUCAGUGCCGAUCGAGAUCGUCAAAAUUGAGUUUUAAAGUCCAGAUCGAAGAAGCGGGUGCUGUUCAAGAUGAUUUUCAUUUGAAGUUCUUGAAAGAUAACGAGCCUGAAACUGUUGACAAAACCGAGGCUUCCAAAAUUCAUGAAUGCAAAAAAUGCAAACAAGAAUUCAGAGUACUGAGUGCUUAUAAGCGCCAUAUGAGAGAGCACGGAGCCAAGUUGUGUCCCAUCUGUGGUGUUCUCAUUAAAGGAGUCGGAGCUGCUCAAGUGAAGAAGCAUGUUGAAUUCGUGCACAUGAAGAUGGCGAAACUCGAGUGCCAGAUCUGUCAUGAGAAAUUUCGGUACAGCAUGACUUUGUACAGCCAUCAAGCGAAAGUUCAUAACUAUCGACCGGAAAGAGUCAUGUGUCAGUGCCCGCAAUGUGGCAAAUGGAUCAAAACCCGACGAGCUCUUAGGUUGCACAUGGGCGAUCGUCACGGCGUAUUCGAACCUUCCACCGCCAUUUUCGAAUGCACUUAUUGCGGCAAGAAAAUCAUGGACAAGACGCGCUACGCACGUCACAUUUCCAUGCAUGAAGGCAUCAAGCCGUUUGCCUGCAAUCGAUGCGACCUGAGGUCAGUUGAUUUCUCCAACAUCCGGUAUCAUAGCCGGCGUGUCCACGGCAAGGAUAUCCGGCGAGUCUGGAAAGAUGGCAUUUUAACGACAGAAAUAGAAGACUUGGAGGAGAAGGAGGAAGUCUCGAAAGACACUGAUUUGCGAACUGAAGAUGCGCCUAGCAGCUCAGACAAUGCCAGCAUGUACAACCCCGAAUUACCCGAAGACGUCGGUCCUUCAUUACCGUAGUUCGUUGAUCAAAGAAUUCGUCUGAAUCGAAAAUGCUUGUCCGACUUUCCAGUGUACACGCGUAAGCGUAUGAUGUUUUUGUAUUUUUGUUACAAUCUUUUAAAUUUUGGAAAUGAGCGAAGAAAUAGUAUUCCCGUGGAAUCAUUUAUAUUCAGUUGAACUGAUGACGCAUCUUUUUGAAAAAGUUAGCCUCACGAGAGCUUCGAAGGCUGUUCCACGAAACGCACGAGUGGUUCUAGAAAGCAAUGUGCAUAUUCAAGUUUUAUUUUUUGAUCAUUGAUGCAAUCCGUUAAUGUUUUCUUCUGAAUUUUCUUUCAUCAACAGGUGUGGUUCGUAGUGUGAAAUGUGAUGCGCGUUUCCCAUGAAGUUUUUCUUCGCUUGCAAGGCUCUUGACGAAAAAAGGCAACAAUGAAGGCAUGUGUCGUAUGCCUUCGGAGGGAUCGCGAGAUCGUUGCCGAUGGACGUGAAUUUAUAAUUCCAGAUGCUGCUUCAACAGUGUUUGAGCAAUUCAAGAUUUGGACGGAAACUAGAGAACAUCCCCAGAUACGAUCCUUAUUACUUAGCGAACAGUUUGAAGUGUGUCAGUCAUGUCUGGAUUUGAUCUUGGAAACCCGGAAGUUCGAGGCUUCUCUGGAAAAGUGCUUCUCCACUCUUUGGACUUUGUUCAGUGAAUUUUCUGUUCCAGUUCCUUUGGUCACCUUGAAUUACAAAGAUAGCGAUGAUGCGUUGAAAGAAGAAAACCUGGAUUCAUGCGAGAUUUCUAGUGAAGAUUCGUCAUUACCUCAAAAAGACGAGAUACUUCGGAAACGCAAGUCGAAUCCUCUUGCGAAGCCUACGAGCUGCAAGUACUGUGGAGAAGUGAUGCCUUCGGUAUCCCGUCUCCAAAUUCACGUUCAAAUCCAUCGGAGGAUGCAUUGCACGGAAUGUGGGAAAGAAUUCAGAGGACGUUUCCGUGAAAAGGCUCUAGCUGCCCACAUUGCCGUCGAUCAUCUUGGAGUUCAUCCUCACUCAUGUGCGCAAUGUGACGCGAGGUUCUCAUCCACAGCUGGUCUCAAAUAUCACAUGGAAAGAUUGCAUUCUACAGAAGAAAACAAAACGAAGCACCCCUGUGACAAAUGUGAUAAAGUGUUUGAUACGAAACUGAAACUGAAUGCUCACAAGCAGACGCAUUGCACGGAAAUUUGUCCCAUUUGUGGGAAAACUCUGAAGGGAAUGGGAUAUUCUACCAUCAAGAAGCACAUCGAAUCUACACACGAGCAAAAAAAGAAAUACGGCUGCGAAUUUUGUGAAGAGAAGUUCGUGAGAACGCAGCAAUUGUACAAGCAUCAAGCCGAUGUUCACUCCUUCAAAAAAUCCCGGUUCCAGUUCCCAUGUUCGGUAUGCGGAAAAAUUUACAGUACACGAACGAGGCUUAAUCAGCAUCAAUUCAUCUCCCAUGACAUUCAAGCGGAAGGUGUAAAAGUGGCGACUUGCGACCGAUGUGGCAAAAAAUUCUCUGACGAGCACCGUUUGCGAGAACACAAACUCAGUCACGAUGGAAUCAAGCCGCACGCGUGUCCGCAAUGCGAUCACAGAACAGUUUCCUUCAUCAAUUUGAAAACGCACUUGAAAUGGAGGCAUAAGCGGAACGUGAAGCGUGUGUUCCGUGACGAUGCUGGAGACGGAAUCAAUUAUGACAUCGUGGAUCUUGAUCCUGGCAUCGACGCUCGAGAGAACCGAUAGCAUGAAGGAAUUUGUUUUGUUUUAUUUCUCCGUCAGUGUUCUGUGAUUUUAUCAAGUUGAAAAUGUUUCUAAGGAUUUUGAAAGUGACUGGUAUGGUCAUCAACUUCGUCCCUACUCAUUUUUCUUCGUUCGAUUCUCAACUGGUGAGUCAUUGCCCCGCUU